GCUCGAUACCGUCAAGAAUUUCUGACUAUUGCAUGAGAACAAGUUCAUCUUCGAAGUAUUUUUCCCUUUCAAUAUUUUUCUAUUGGAGCUUCCCUCAUUCCUUUUAUCGAACAUAAUGAUGUGAAUCGAGCUUUAAUGAGUUCUAAUAUGCAACGUCAAGCAGUUCUUCUUUCUCGGUCCGAAAAUUGCAUUGUUGGAACGGAUUGGAUUGCCAAGUGGCCUUAGAUUCAGGAGUUGCCGCUAUAGCCAAAUAUGCAAAAUCUCACAUUCAUUCACAAAACGCACACUUGAUUAUUCCUUCCAUCGAUUCUUCUUAUUCCAUAUCAAUUUCUUCUCCAAUCUUCACAAAUCCGCAACAAAAAUUCUUCACCGUUUCCAGCGAAAUUCCCAAUAUUCACAAACCAACUGAAAUCAAUUUGAACGAACCCUAAUCGAACAAUUUCUUCAAGCGAACACUUCUCUGCAUUCAAACUCUUCAAGCGAAGUCUCACCUGGUUGCGUUAUAAUCAUCGUCAUCUGCCGCCAAAGGGCUGGUGGUUAUUUACACUUAAAUGAUAUUGAUACGGCCGCUGAAGUUGUUCCGACUGAAACCAUCCCAUCAAUUUCCAAAAAAUUACUUACAACAACCACACUCCACAUUCUUCUGGCUCUAUUUGGACCUUUUAAGAUGAUAUAUUUUUCUUCAAUUCAAGCCACCAUCAAACAUGCUUCUUUGUAGCCACAGGGAAGAAGAUGCUAUGGAUACACCAGGUUCCUACAAUUUGUACACCGCUGCAACAUCUCCGGCGAACUCUAGGAUACAUUAGUUAAUUAAAAUAAAAAAAUUCCUGGCAACAAAAUUUGGUGUGUGAAAGAAAUACGUGGUGUGUGAAAGAAAUACGUUGGCAACCAGUGGUAUUUAUAAAUGGAUAUGAGCAAAGAAACUUGGGGAAAAAGUUUACAGCUAUUUGAGUACUGUACAUCUUUAUUACUACAUGACAAACAAAAUUAAUUGUUACAACAGAGGUGGCAGGCGGUGAAGCAGAGAACAGCAGCAAAGUAAGCCACAACAAAUUGACACAUCACAUAAAACAAAGAAUUCUACGUGGCCAAUUCAAGUGCGAAGCUUAGAAAUCUAACGAUGAAACAGCCACGUUGAUAAAAAAAUUUAUCGAUCUACAGUGUCUUGAAGUGCACUUCGAGCUUUCCCUUUGUUCCCAACCGUGGCUUAUUGAUAAAGUUAAAUUUGUCUCACAAUGUGUACUAUGUGGCUUGGUUAUCAAAAUAUGGCUUGGUUCAACUUGAUUUAGUUCAGUUAUAUUUUUUUUGGACAACAAAUACCCUCAUUUGGGACACAUGACAUUUUUUUAAGCAGGGGCAUUUUUUAUUUUACCAGGUUCAGCAGCAUUCUUAUAUUGUAUUGGAUUGAUUAUCUUUCAUUUUUGGUUCGAUUCAAAAAUCAUCGAUAGGAUUAAUAAUGGGUGGAGAGGUUAAGAUCUGGAAUCCUGUUGAAAUCGCAGAACAAGCUCGUAAUGACUAUGCCUCGCAGAUUUUUCCCUCUCUUCUCACCAUUGAUCCCUCUCUCUCCCUUCCUCAAAUGACACCUCUCGUCAUUAAUUUGUGCAAGGACAUGUUCAAGGCCUGGUCAAAAUUUGAUGAUUCUUGCUUUAAAGUUGAGCAAAUUUCUGGAGGCAUAACAAAUAUGCUACUGAAGGUCACAGUUAAAAAAGGGGAUUCUAUUAAUGAGAUUAUAACCAUCAGAUUGUAUGGACCUAACACCGAGUACAUCAUUGAUCGCCAUCGAGAAUUGCAGGCCAUCAAAUACAUCACUGCUGCAGGAUUUGGUGCUAAGUGGCUUGGAAUAUUUGGAAAUGGGAUAGUGCAAUCUUUUAUUAAUGCGCAUACUCUUACUCCAUCAGAUAUGCGAGACCCAAAACUGGUUGCUAAAAUAGCCAAACAACUUCGAAGAUUUCACCAUGUGGAAAUUCCAGGUUCUAAGGAACCUCAAUUAUGGAAUGAUAUAUGGAAGUUUUAUGAGAAAGCUUCUGUCCUAAAAUUUGAUGAUGGUGAAAAGCAAAAGACUUACGAGACAGUUUCAUUCAAGGAACUUCAUGAGGAAAUUCAUGAUCUCCAGGUGUUGUGUGACCGUCUCAAAUCUCCUGUUCUUUUUUCUCACAAUGACUUGCUUUCUGGAAACAUAAUGAUUAAUCAUGAAGAAGAUGCACUUUACUUAAUUGAUUAUGAGUAUGCGUCCUACAACUACAGAGGAUUUGAUAUAGGGAACCACUUUGCAGAAUAUGCUGGUUUUGAAUGUGACUACUCCUUGUACCCAGAUAUGAAUGAACAAUAUCAUUUCUUCAGGCAUUACUUACAGCCUGACAGACCUCAUGAGGUGCCUGAGAAUGAUCUUAAAACUUUGUAUGUUGAGGCAAAUAUAUAUGCACUGGCAUCGCACCUUUUCUGGUCUUUGUGGGGACUAAUUCAGGCAAAGAUGUCCCCAAUAGAUUUCGAUUAUCUUGAUUACUUUUUCCUUCGAUACAAGGAGUACAAAAGGAAGAAAGAAAAGCACAUAUCGAUGGCGCUAUCCUACCUUUCGGAAUGCAGGAACGAAUAGAGAUAGAUUCAACUUCAUCGAUCACUCAUGGGUUGGUAUGUGAAGUUUUUAGCACGAGGCCCUGAUUCAUGUAGUUUAAUGUUUGUGUAAAAUAUCUUUUGUAGUCGGUCAUUACAAUGAUGGCAAAGUUAGCCAUUUAAUUUGAGCUCAGGUAGCUCCAUAUUGUUGUAAUCUUGAAAUUUAGGCUUUCAAAUGGAUUUAUCAUUCUUUCUCCA